AUGGCCGCCUCAAUAUACCAUGAAAACAGUGAAUAUGGGAGUGGGAGUGGGAUUAGCCGGCAAGACGUUGAAGCCGCCAUGGCUAAGGCGGUUGAGCUUAGGGCGCUUCACGCUUCUCUAAUGCAGGGUAAUAGCCCCUCGGCCGCCGCCAAUUUCAGUCUACGCUCGGCUUCCCCUGUUUCCCGUCACGCGCCGCCACAAUUUUCCGCCCAAGAUUACCCUGUUUUCACUCCGAGUUAUGAAGACGAGCCACCAUCAUUCUUUCCCCAAACACUACUCGAAAACCACAGUCGGAACUACACCGACAGCUGGACGGGCCCGGCCUUCCACGUGGCCAAUGCCGACGAGACCAUCCUAUCCGACUACCGAACCGCCGCCAACACGUCCUCAAGAAAAGGGCUGCCCUCCGAAUCGGACGCAUGGGGCGCACGCCCGGCCGCGGACGACCAAAUUUCAAUUUCCGGUUUUGCGCUCCGAGCCGCCUCCCCGGGACCCGACUGUACCAAGUCGAGGAGAAACAGUUUAGGAGAUGGAAAAAACGGCAAGAAAUCGAACAUCGUCGUCCCCCUCACCGACUCCCACUCCUCCCUCCACUCGCAUUCGAAGAGCAAAGGCCUCGUUGGCCUUUCGUGGCUUCUUCCGAGGGGUCUCAAGAAGAAGAACAACAAGAGCGAGAAUUCGCAAAUCGUGAAUUCGCGGCCGGACGACUUUGGGAUCUUAUCGAUUGACUCGUUAAGAUGCGAGCUGACGAGGGCGAAUGAGGACAAAAAUGCCGCAUUAAACGAGGUUUCGGAGAUGAAAUCGUCGGUCGGCGAGCUCAGCCAGAAAUUGGAGUACUUGGAGACGUAUUGCGAGGAGCUGAAAAAGGCCUUGAGGCAAGUCAAUAAUCAUCCUCAAAUGCCGGGAAGUAGUGGAAAAUCGGUUGGUGAAAGUUGUGAAGAUCAAAUGCCGGUGAGUAAAGAGGUCAUGGUCGAGGGGUUCUUGCAGGUUGUGUCCGAAGCAAGAUUAUCGGUAAAACAAUUCUGCAAGACUUUGAUCAAGCAAAUCGAAGAGAAUGAUCAUACGCUAAAGGAUAAUUUGAACUCCCUCCUUCAGCUGUACAAGCUGUCACUAAACUCGAAAUACUCGAAAGCCGUUCUGUACCAUUUGGAGGCCUUUGUGAACCAGUCUCUCUACCAAGAUUUCGAGAACUGUGUUUUUCAGAAAAAUGGGGCACCGAAGCUUUUGGACCCGCAGCAAGAACGCGUGGCCAAGUUCCAAAUGUUUGUUUCAUUGAGGAAUUUGAGCUGGAAUGAGGUUUUGAGGAAAGGUACAAAGUAUUACAGUGAGGAGUUUAGUAAGUUUUGUGACCAGAAAAUGAAUGGGGUUAUGGCCAUGCUCGGGUGGACCAGGCCGUGGCCCGAGCAGCUACUGCAGGCGUUUUUCGUGGCUGCAAAGUGCAUUUGGUUGGUGCAUUUGCUCGCGUUCUCGUUUAAUCCGCGUUUGGGCAUUUUGAGGGUCGACGAUAAUAUGCCGUUUGAGGCGAGUUACAUGGAGGACUUGUUUGGGGACAAGCAGAGGCCGCACGGGCCGGGUCGGGUCAAGGUCAUGGUGAUGCCUGGGUUUUAUGUGCAUGAUGAGGUGCUUAGGUGCAAGGUUCUUUGUAGAUAUAAGUCAGUUGUUUGA